AUGACACCAGGCUUUUCUGAUGACCUACAGGAUAUAAAUGACGCUCGCAAGACAGCUGUCAUUGACACGGAACUGAGCAGAUUGCAGAUGGACAUCGUUGCCCUCCAGGAAACCAGGCUAUCAGGAUCAGGAUCUGUCCGGGAAAAAGACUUCUCAUUUUUCUGGCAGGGGAAACCCCCAGAAGAGAUCAGAGAACAUGGUGUGGGCUUUGCAGUGAAGAACACCCUGCUUGGAACUAUAACCCCACCAACAGAUGGAACUGAAAGAAUCCUGUCACUCCAACUCAACACCUCGGUUGGUCCAGCAACCUUGAUCAGCGCUUACGCACCAACUCUCACUUCUUCCACAGAAGCCAAGGACAGAUUCUACGAUGACCUUAGCUUCACCAUCAGCAGGGUCCCAGAAAAAGAGCCACUGUUCAUCCUUGGCGACUUCAACGCCAGAGUUGGGGCUGACUACACCUCAUGGCCCACCUGUCUGGGUCACUUCGGCACUGGGAAAAUGAAUGAAAAUGGUCAACGCCUGCUGGAACGCUCAAAUCUACCAAGCAUCAAGCUCACCCGCAGUUAUCAGAGUGCUGAUUGCGACACUGACCACUCCUUGGUCUGCAGCAAAGUGAAGCUACAAGCAAGGCUGCAUCGCACAAAAAAGGAUGGCAGGCCCCGCAUAGACACCAGCAAGUCGCAAAAUAAGGAGAGAGUGGAUGAUUUUGCACGUAUUCUUGAAGAAUCUCUUCCAGGUCCCUCCAGCGAAACAGCCUGCGAUAGAUGGGAACACUUCAGAGAUGUUGUUUACAACGCUGCCAUUUCCACCUUUGGCAAGAAAACGAGCAAGUCUGCAGACUGGUUCGAGGUUCACUCCGAGGAAAUAAUGCCAGUCAUUGAAGAGAAGAGAAACCCCCUUGCAGCAUACAAGGCCAACCCCAGUGAACGAAACCUGCAAGUCCUUCGGUCAGCCCGCAGCAAAGUUCAACAGUGUGCUAGGCGAUGUGCCAAUGACUACUGGCUCCAGCUCAGUUCGCAGAUACAGACCGCGGCUGACACAGGCAACAUGAAGGAGAUGUAUGAUGGCAUAAAACAGGCCCUGGGCCCAACAAAAAAGAAAACUGCACCCUUGAAAUCCACCACAGGAGAGGUAAUUCAGGACAGAUCAAAACAGAUGGACAGAUGGGUAGAACACUACUCCGAACUGUAUAGCAGAGAGAACACCGUUACGGAAGAUGCCCUGAACGCCAUCGAAUGCCUACCAGUGUUGGAGGAGCUAGACAGAGAACCAACCCUUGCAGAACUCAACGAGGCUCUAGACUCCCUUGCCCAUGGCAAGGCUCCAGGAAAAGACGGCAUCAGCGCUGAAGUCCUGAAAUGCUGCAAGGGGACCAUCAUCACCGAGCUGCAUGAAAUCCUCUGUCUCUGCUGGAAAGAAGGUGAAGUGCCUCAGGACAUGCGUGACGCCAACAUCGUUACCCUGUACAAAAACAAGGGCGACAGGAGUGACUGCAAUAACUAUCGAGGCAUUUCUCUCCUUAGCAUCGUCGGGAAGCUAUUUGCUCGAGUUGCACUGAGGAGGCUCCAAGUGCUUGCAGAGGGAGUCUACCCAGAAUCGCAGUGCGGAUUCCGAGCCAACAGAUCCACCAUUGACAUGGUGUUCUCCCUCAGGCAACUUCAGGAAAAAUGCAGGGAACAGCGGCAACCACUCUUUAUUGCCUUCAUAGAUCUCACGAAGGCCUUUGACUUGGUCAGCAGAGAUGGCCUGUUCAAGAUCCUGCCAAAGAUCGGUUGCCCACCAAGGCUCCUCAGCAUCAUCAGAUCAUUCCAUGAUGACAUGAAGGGGACAGUGGUCUUCGACGGCUCAACAUCGGACGCUUUCAUCAUCAGAAGCGGAGUGAAACAGGGCUGUGUACUUGCUCCAACCCUGUUCGGGAUCUUCUUUGCAGUCAUGUUAAAACACGCCUUUGGACCCACAACGGAAGGCAUUUACCUCCGGACCAGAUCGGAUGGAAAGCUCUUCAACCUCUCCAGACUCAGAGCAAAAUCCAAGGUUCAGCGAAAAUGUGUGCGCGACUUCCUCUUCGCAGAUGAUGCAGCAGUUACAGCCCACUCAGCUGAAGGCCUCCAGCAACUCAUGAUUCGUUUCAAUGAAGCUUGCGAUGAUUUCGGACUCACCAUCAGUCUGAAGAAGACACAGGUCAUGGGUCAAGACGUGGAUCAGCCACCCGACAUCAGAAUCGCUGAUCACCGGCUUGAUGUUGUCCAUGAUUUUGUGUACCUGGGUUCCACCAUCUCAGACUCUCUCUCUCGAUGCGGAGCUGAACAGACGGAUCGGUAA